AAUUCCAAAUCAGUAAAUAGAAAAUUGGUACGAGGUACCGAAUUAAAAUCUUUUAAAUGUGUCUUUUAAAUACGCAACUUAUUAAAUAAUAUCUAUCUACAAUAUUGUUUUAAACCAAAUAGUGGUAAUUUUUCGCACCAGAUCCAUAUUUGUAAAAGUGUUCAAUUUUAAAUAUAAAUUUACCAAUCUAUGCUGCUCGUAUCUUUUUCCAAUAAAAUACUAAAUACCUUCCUCAUUUUCGAAUAUUUACUUCUUCUUAAAAUUAUACAAUUUAUCAUAUAAAAUUGAUGUGUUUAAGUGGUACCUAUAUAGUGUCCUUGUAAGUUUAAAUCCUUGGAAAAUGUCCCUGGGCGUAACCUCGUAUCGGGGUUGAAGGCUGUGCUAAGUGAAAAUGUUAUUUUUCUUAUACUUUUAAAAAGUUGUACUAGAAAAAUUAAUAAAUAAUGGCAGAAGACGAAGUGCUUUUCGACGAUGUGUAUGAACUUUGCGAAAUCAUUGGCAAGGGUCCAUUCAGUCUUGUUAGACGCUGUGUGCACAGACAAACCGCUCAGCAAUUUGCAGUGAAGAUUGUUGAUGUUGCCCGUUUUACAGCAAGUCCUGGAUUGAGCACUGCAGAUUUAAAGCGAGAGGCAACAAUAUGCCAUAUGUUGAAGCAUCCACACAUUGUGGAACUCUUAGAAACCUACAGCUCUGAAGGAAUGCUUUACAUGGUCUUUGAGUAUAUGGAUGGAUCUGAUCUUUGUUUCGAGGUGGUCCGAAGAGCAACUGCGGGAUUUGUCUACAGUGAGGCGGUUGCAUGCCAUUAUAUGCGUCAGAUCCUUGAAGCAUUACGCUACUGUCAUGAAAAUGACAUAGUCCAUCGUGAUGUCAGGCCGCACUGCGUGCUACUCGCUGGAAGAGACAACUGUGCCCCAGUUAAACUUGGUGGAUUUGGCGUCGCUGCCCAACUGCCCACGCCUACUGCCCAUCGAGCUCCACCAGAACUGGUGAUGGACAAUCGGCCCCUAGUGGGUCCAAUGGGCCAAGCCUAUCUCAAAUCAGACGAGUAUGGUCGUAUUGGUACUCCUCACUACAUGGCGCCAGAGGUGGUGUCAAGCCAGUUGUAUGGCAAACCCGUGGAUGUAUGGGCCGCUGGUAUACUUCUCCAUGUUUUGCUGGUCGGAUAUCUGCCCUUCACCGGAACAAGGGAACGAUUGUUUGAAGCUAUAUGCCGUGGGAGGUUGAGAUUUGAUGCACCCCUCUGGGAGGACAUAAGUGACGCAGCCAAAGAUCUUGUUCAACGCAUGUUAACUGUUGACCACACUCAGAGGAUCAAUAUACAAGAAGUUCUUAAUCAUCGGUGGAUAAGGGACCGCGACAAGCAAAACCGCAUCCACCUUGCAGCCACAGUUGAAGAGCUGAAGAAAUUCAACAGUCGCCGACGAUUGAGGGCAGCGACUCUCGCUGCUGCAUCAGUGGAAGAUGAAGAGGAGGAAGAACAGCCGUCGAGAAGACAGGUGCUACUGGAAGAGGCCAAUGCAGCAGCGGUCAAUCUGUUAGUUGAAUCCCUGGAUGAUGUGGCUGUACUGCAAGAUGGCCCUGUGGUCAUGGACCCUGAUCUCUUUCAUAGCGUCCUCGAUGAUCUGCAGUUACGCGCUUUGUUAGAGGUCUAUGACCGUAUAGCGUGUACGGUAGUAGUCACGAGCGGACGUGCACCCGCAGCCGAUGGCCGUGCACGUGCACGCGCCGCGUUGGACGCCGCUUCCCGCCCACGCGCCGCAACCGCUCCCGCCGGCGCUGCACCCGCGACUGCAGCCGCUAUACACGAGUUGCGACGGGUGCUGGCUUCUCCAUAUGUCAAGGCUCUACUACAAGCUCACGAUGUGGUCGCGCGCGAAGUGUACGGAGAGGAGUCACUUCGCGCGUCUCCACCGCCUGUCAACGGCCGCGCACCGCAGGCCACAGAAGAUGAGGAGGACACAGAGCCCGAAUUCGAGAACGUGACCAGAGUACGACUCGUUCAAUUCCAGAAGAACACUGAUGAACCGAUGGGUAUAACACUGAAGUUGGCGGACGAUGGUCGAUGCAUUGUGGCCCGGAUAAUGCACGGAGGGAUGAUCCAUCGGCAGGCAACUCUCCACGUCGGAGAUGAGAUCAAGGAGAUCAACGGAACACCCGUCGCUAACCAAUCGGUCGCGCAGCUUCAAAGAAUGCUGCGCGAAGCGAGAGGAUCCGUGACAUUCAAGAUAGUUCCCUCAUACCGUUCCGCGCCUCCACCAUGCGAGCUAUUCCGGAUAAAGCCUUCGCCCGUUCUAAUUUUCGUCAGAGCGCAAUUCGACUAUGAUCCAUUGGAAGAUGAAUUGAUACCUUGCGCUCAAGCGGGAAUAGCUUUUACUACAGGAGAUAUUCUACAAAUUAUUAGCAAGGAUGAUUCACACUGGUGGCAAGCUCGAAAGGAUGCCUCGGGUGGUUCGGCUGGUCUCAUACCAAGUCCUGAACUUCAAGAAUGGAGAGCUGCUUGCGCCGCUGCAGAGAAAUCUAAUACUGACCAAGUUGGAGCUGACGGAUGCGUCUCUCACACCGACGGAUGUGAGAAUACAGUAAACUGUUCAAUAUUCGGUCGGAAGAAGAAACAAGCUAAAGACAAAUACUUAGCAAAACAUAACGCUGUCUUCGACCAACUCGAUGUGGUGACUUAUGAGGAAGUCGUUAAAUUACCAACGUUCCAACGCAAAACUAUAGUACUUCUGGGAGCACACGGAGUAGGACGCCGUCACAUAAAGAACACGCUUAUUUCUCGUCAUCCGGACUUGUACGCCUACCCAAUACCACAUACUACACGCCCCCCGAGAGCUGACGAAGAGAACGGAAGACAUUAUUACUUCGUGUCCCACGACGAAAUGAUGGCAGACAUCGCGGCUAAUGAGUAUUUAGAAUACGGCACACACGAAGACGCAAUGUACGGCACGAAACUGGAAACAAUACGUCGAAUCCACUCGGAACGACGUAUCGCUAUUUUGGACGUUGAGCCUCAAGCGCUUAAAAUCUUACGCACUGCGGAGUUCGCUCCUUACGUCGUGUUCAUUGCUGCACCGCCUCUCAAUAACGUUGCUGAUUACGACGGCUCGCUAGAAGUACUAGUACGCGAGUCCGAACAGUUGCGUCGGACGUACGGGCACUAUUUCGACCUGUCCAUAGUGAAUAAUGACAUUGACGACACUUUGGCCCAGCUCGAAGCUGCGUUGGGUCGUUUGCGAUCCACUCCCCAAUGGGUCCCCGUCUGCUGGGUGUAUUGACCAACCGACUGCUAUUUGUGAAUGGACGAAUUCCGAUUUUAAGUUCACCGAUAUGUUGACGGCCCAUCGCCGAAUGGACCGUCGAAAUGACAGUGAACUUGCGCUUGCGACGUAUAACGGAACGUAUUUUUGACGUUUGUGUUGGAUUGUUUUAUCUUGAGAUAAUUUAGAGAUUUUUAAUUUAGUUUUAUAGGGUUUUUUGUGAUAAUCUUUUAUUUAUUUGUAUUUUUAUUGCGUUUUAAAACGUUCCGUUAUAAUGUGGAUUGAAUAAAUGUUACAGAGACAGUUAAAAAAAGGUUGUUAAAAGUAAUGGAUACUUGAAUAUUUCGAAGUGUUAAAUCAAAUGUUUUUUUCGUUACUUUCAAAUUUAUAACAUGAAUGUUCUCAGCAAAGUUAUAUUGCUUAUAAAGUAAAAUAAACGUAAAAAAUUUAAUUGAUUACUAAACGAGCAUCUAAAGUUCGAAAAUCGAACAUUUUUUUUUAAUUUAAAUAUCUGAUAGUUUCAGAACAAGACCUGGCUGUAUGGACUAAAGUCCUUUGCCUUUCCCAUAAGGGAUAAAUUAAUAUCAUCAUCUGAACGUUUCAGAAAAAAUUGCUCAAAAUAUUAAAUGGCACAGAUAACAGCGAAUUUUUCUGUUGAAUUGUUAAUCUGUUUUUAAAUAAAUUCACGAAUUAUUAGACGUAACAUGUAUUUGAGAAAAUAUUGUGGUAUUGAAAAGACAUUCUAGAUACUUAAUCCUAUAGUAUUAUUUAUUAUAGAUUAAAAUGUGUACUUAAUACAUAAAAACAUUGCAAGGUUUUGCACAUAGAAAGAGACACCCAAUGUUUUGUAGAAGGUUAUCUCUGUCACGCAUCAUACAUGUAAACUUCUAAAAUAACAAUGUAGUUUUAGACUCGGAAUCUGUAUUAGGAACGCCGGCGCUGAAAGGCUUUUUGAUCGAAUUUACUAGAACCACUGUCGCCGCUUUGAGCCCCACUAUAAUUUCGGCAAAGCCAUUGGUCGGUUAAUCCCGUGAGAGCUUUUCGUAGCAUUUAUCCCUCAUUCAAAUUGACUGGCAGGUCUCUUUGAUCUUUAAUGAAAAAAUUAGGUUCAUGUGAUAGAGAUAGCGCUACUGCAAUAUGAAUCAGUUCCAAAAAAAACAAUAUUUUUGGAAAUUCCGAUUUCGAAUACCGCGUAAAGGCUUUUUGCAAAACUAGCGACUUCAAUUCGAGCUCAAUUUUGCUACAGACUACUAAAUAUUAUAUGCAGUCUUCGUAAUAUUGCUUAUCUUCUCACCAAAAUGUGCCAAAAGUAUCGGCGUAUUCGAGCACGAUUUUAACAUUUCAACCGAAAAAAUGUGAAAAUCAAAUGAGUUUUAGAUCAAUGUACAUAAUUUAGUAGGUUAAUUAGAUAAAAAACUAAAUCUUUAGAGAGUAGCGGAUGUUUACUUCGAAAAUAAUAUAAGUAUAUCCUAUUAUAGUUAAUGUAUUAAAUGAUGUAUUUCAACUGUCAAAUACAGACAAUCUAAAUCUUUCAAAUAAAUAUCCCACAAUUUAAAGUUUAUUGAUAAAAUCAUUUAGAUUUGAAAAUCGAAUGGGUUAAUUUUUUGAGGUUCUUAAUUUAAAAAUGUUUGGCGCGUUGAAAUUCAUCAAUUCAAAAUAUCACAAAUUGUAGAAUACACAGGGUUGCAAGAAAAUGAAUAUAAGUAUUUAUUCUUUUUAAUUUUAAUGCAGAGGUUUCUUGAACGUAGCUGUUAUUUAUUUCUAAUCAACUUAAUACCUAUUGGGAGUUAUUAUUCUACACAAAUUGUUUUUUGUUUCACUCUUGCACUGCAUUCCUGUACAUAUUAUUAACUUGUAGUGAAUUUUACUCUACAACUCUCACUAUUUCACUAUUUUAUAUUUAAGUAUAAUGUAUAGGUAGAGUAUAUAAAAAAUAACCGUUUUACUGUUGAUAUUUCAACAUUAUCGAGCAGGUGUAUGAAAUAUUAUUUGCUCAAUAAUUCACAUGAAUUUCGACGAUAAAAUUUUGAUAUAGUUAUGUUCAAGUUAUAUCGUAUACAUUUUGAAUCUAAAACUUAGAUAAGUUAUUGUAUUAACAAUAUAUAUAAUAUCUACAUUUGGUAACAAUGCUCGGUGAACUAUUUACAUAUAUGUUCAUAAGUAGUAAUCAUAUUAAAUAAAUAUCUUCAUUAAUGGAUAUAUUAUAUGCAUCUAUUACAGACUUCUCAACAUUUAUUGUCAAAUAUACUAUGUAAUUGCAAAAACACAUUCUGAAAAUUAUACAAUUCAUAAUUCUGUUCUGAAUAUGAAACAACUGUGAGGUCACGACCUUCGGGUGAAUGACCUCUUAAACGCAACUUGGAUGCUAUAAAGAAAAUUAAAAAUACUUGAACUAAGUAACAUAAUAAUAUUAAAUUAACAUGUUUAUGGAUAAGUUCACGGGGUACUUGUUACUUAUAAAAUUAACCAUGUUUUCAUUAGGUUUAUUUGUCUUAAUAUUUGUAGGCUAAAGGGAAUCUAUAGAGAAUGUAUGUAGUUAAAUUAAUCAUAACUGAUAUUGAAUAAUUAAGAUAAUAUUAGUGAGAUGCGAUGAAUGAAAGUCAUUUAAUAAUUUGUUUCAUAUAUUUUAGUGUUGCUAUAUUUAAAAUUAUUUUAUGUCUUCAUGUAGUGUAAGCACAUACCUACCAACGCAAUGUUUAUUUCUAUUACAAAUGUAUCAUAAUAUUUUAAUGUUAUUCAUCGGUUGUUUUACAUAGAUUUUACUUCUAUUGAAAUUUUUAUUGGAGCUUCUUUAUCAAUAAUUAGGUGUACGUAUAUAAAAUAUCACGUACGAGUGGAAUUAAGUACACGUACUCAUUGAUAAAGUGGCCAUAGUCAAUAAUAAAGUUAUGAAAUCAAUGUUUAUAUAGUACAUUAAAAUAUUUUACUUAUUUAGAUAAAUCAUUUCUUGCAAAGCAUGAUUUUUAUUACAGAGUUAAGUAGAGUAAAGAGAUGAGUCACAGACUACAAUUAGGUUUUUUUAACUGUGAAUUUAUGUGAGUUUAUGUGAUAUGUCCGUACACAAAAGUUAAAGGGCGGUACUCACUUACGAUAGUAAAAAAGCGCCCUUAUUAAUUGAUAUAUCUUGGCUUUUUGUUCAUAUAAUUUUAAUUGUAAUGUUUUAGUAUGAUUCAUUUCUCUUGACGUCCGUUUUAUUAAAAUUCGUGCAACUUAUGCGUAGUGAUUAAACUUUAGUACCAGACUUUUUCAAAAUGGCGUCGAGAAAAUUGGAUCGUGUGUCAUCCAUUCGCCCACCAAAUACAUUCCAUCGUCUUUCUUAUAGAUAGAAUAGAAGAAAUUAUUUUUAAUUAUAGUUAUUUUUAAAUUAUUUUUUGUCAUUUGUUAAUAUUUAUCUUAACAUCCUUCUAUUAUUAUAUCCAAAGAAAAUUAAAAUUGAACGUUUAAUCAGAGAGAAACUAAUAUUGCAAUAAAUUUAAUAGUUACCUAUUAAUUUUAAUUGAUAGUUGAUUGUAAAGCCAGAAUUGUUGAAUUUAACUUGGCUCUUGAGUCAUUUUAUCUUUGAUCUGGUUCAACGUGCAAUGAUCGAAAAUUGUAAGACAAUUAAAAUAGAUUUUUGUUUCAAUUACAACUAAUGACGACUGAAGUAAAAUCUUAUUAUAACUGUUAAAAUUUAAUAAAUCGCACAAAAUA